AUGGCAGUCGUCGAUGAAACCUCAGGGCUGGAAGUCCAGAUCCACGUCGAUGGCAACCCACUCCGGGAGUAUACUGAUCAACAUACCGCCGUAUCAGAGGCUACUUCGGAAAGCUAUGUUGAAGCGCAUUCGGAUUCAAUCUUCGAAAUUCACUACUCAUUCAAAGCGCCGUUCCCUGUUGACCGCCCUGUGUCCAUGAUCGUCACAAUGGACGGCAAGGAUGUCGAUGAGCCCCUUAUUCGUCCUGAUGAGCUGUACAAGUCGGAUGGUCAUAUCAGUUCUGGGCCAAUCUCGAAUGACGGCAAAAGUUGGUUCACACAGACAUUUCGAUUCUCGCCACUGGAGAUUAUAGAGUGUAGCGAAGGACCCAUACCGGAAGAUUUACAGAACAAAUUACAACCCGUUGGAACUAUCACUUGCGAAUUCUACUUCCUCGACAACGCGAGGCGUAGUCCGAAGACCAGCUUCGUACACGAGGAACUCGAGAAGCUGGACACGGUUAACGAGAAGGCCAUCAAGGGCGAUUCGCUAUCGCAUCAGGUAAUUCUUGGAGAAUCGGAGCCUGCGCAAGAGGUUGAGUACUACGAUGCUGACUACGCUGAUGGUGGAGAACCGUUUGCGACGUUUCACUUCUACUACCGCUCACUUGCUGCACUUAAAGACCUACACAUUAUUGAGCGCACGCCCGAUCGAGUGGACUUUCUUGACAGCGAUGACACGAUGCUCGGUCAGUUGAAUAGGGAACAGCUUGAAGCUAUUGUCCGACGCUUCAGGGAACAAGAGGAGACCCGUGUACGCACGAAGCGCGAGCUUUCCGAUACCUCAACCGUGGCAGGCGCCGACAACGAGUUCGAUAGCCGGAGUGGAACACGCGACGAUGACUUUUUCGAAAUACGUUCGGUCGAUCUGCGCAAGAAGAGGAAGCAGCAACGCGUCAGACAGGUGCCAGGUGAUGGGAUAGAGGUCAUUGAACUUGACUGA